ACACUAUAAAUAUUCAUCCCUAGAAGCGUGUGUUCUCCACAAGCUCUUAAUCACUUUCCACCUUUUCCAACUUCAUUUCACCUUUAUCAUCCCACAUGGCCAACCUUGGAGCUAGAACUAAUGGAAUCUCAUCAAACCAAGUUGAGAUUCCCAUCCAUGCAAAUGGUGUGGAGUCAAAACAAAGCGAAGAGAGCAACAUCGACUACUCUCAAAGGGCUCAGUGGCUUCGAGCAGCAGUGUUGGGAGCCAAUGAUGGGUUAGUCUCUGUUGCCUCACUCAUGAUGGGUGUUGGAGCUGUUAAGAAAGACAUCAGUGCCAUGCUUGUUGCUGGUUUUGCUGGACUAGUUGCAGGGGCUUGUAGCAUGGCGAUUGGAGAGUUUGUGUCUGUGUACACUCAGUACGACAUAGAGGUGACUCAGCUUAAAAGGGAGAGAGAGGGUAAUAACAAUGGAGGAGUGGAUGAAGAAUCUCAAAGGGAGAAGCUUCCGAACCCUUUUCAGGCUGCACUGGCAUCAGCACUAGCCUUUUCUAUUGGUGCUUUGGUGCCAAUGCUAGCAGCAGUUUUUAUACGGAGGCACAAGAUUAGGAUGGGAGUUAUUGGUGGUGCAGUUAGCCUUGCAUUGUUGGUGUUUGGAGGGAUAGGAGCAAUGCUUGGAAAAACUCCGGUGAAGAAAUCUUGUUUCAGGGUGCUGAUUGGAGGUUGGAUGGCCAUGGCCAUAACAUUUGGCCUCACCAAAUUGGUUGGCUUUGCUGAACUUUGAACAUCAUCAGUUAUUGUCGUUUAAGCUGUGGCUGCUUUGUUUCUGUGAACAAGAGUGUGCUGUUACACUACAUAGCUCUCUCCAAAGGAUAUUAGUGUUUUCUAUGAUAUCUCCGAGCUUUAUUUCAACUCUUUAUCAUGUGUGUUUUUAGUAUUUCGAGUACUGUGUGAAACUGUCACAGUGGAAAC